GCACCAUUUUAACAUCUAGCUUGGGACCCCUCUCUUUCUUUCGGGGACACAUUGACUCAAGCAAAGGGCAAGAGGCGAGUCCCUCUCUCUCUCUCUCUCUCUCUCUCUCCCAACGAAGAACCCUUCGAAACCCUAACCUAAUUAAUGCAGGAGUUUGCUCUGAUUCGAUCGACCUGUUAGGGUUUUGGAUUGAUUACAUUUGGGUCGAUUUCUAUCUUCGUUGCUUGAUUUGCGGUAGAAAAUUUUUGGUCUGAUCUUGACUGCAUGUUGAAUGCAUUGUUCAGAUUAGUUCUUGGUCUCUGGGAAGUGCUCAGUCAUCGACUUUGAUGGAUCAGUAUGAGAAGGUAGAGAAGAUCGGCGAAGGGACGUAUGGCGUGGUGUAUAAGGCUCGCGAUCGUGUCACGAAUGAGAUGAUAGCGUUGAAGAAGAUCCGGCUCGAGCAAGAGGACGAGGGAGUCCCUAGCACUGCCAUUAGGGAGAUAUCCCUCUUGAAGGAAAUGCGACAUGGUAACAUUGUCAGAUUGCAAGAUGUUGUGCACUGUGAAAAGCGGAUUUAUUUAGUUUUUGAGUAUCUUGACCUGGAUUUGAAGAAGCACAUGGAUACUUGCCCAGAUCUUGCUAAAGAUCCACGAUUAGUAAAAAAGUUUCUUUACCAGAUUCUUCGAGGCAUUGCGUACUGCCAUUCCCACAGGGUUCUUCACAGAGACUUGAAACCACAGAAUUUACUGAUAGAUCGACGCACUAAUGCCCUUAAGCUUGCGGACUUUGGUCUAGCUAGGGCAUUUGGUAUUCCAGUCCGCACAUUCACUCAUGAGGUGGUGACUCUAUGGUACAGGGCACCGGAAAUUCUCUUAGGAGCCAGACAAUAUUCAACUCCUGUUGAUGUGUGGUCUGUUGGUUGCAUUUUUGCUGAAAUGGUAAAUCAACGACCAUUAUUCCCUGGUGAUUCUGAAAUUGAUGAACUGUUCAGGAUUUUCAGAGUAUUGGGUACUCCGAACGAAGAAAUUUGGCCAGGGGUUUCUUCAUUGCCUGACUUCAAGUCUGCUUUUCCAAAGUGGCCACCGAAGGAUCUGGCGACAGCAGUCCCCAAACUUGAGCCUAUAGGAGUCGAUCUUCUCUCUAAAAUGCUAUGCCUAGAUCCGAGCAGAAGAAUCACUGCUCGCCAUGCUCUUGAGCACGAUUACUUCAAGGAUCUCGCUAUGGCUCCUUAAAGGUGCUCAUUUUUGGUACCCUAUAUAUAGAUAUAUAUUGUUUUGGACAGUAUGUGAUCUAAAGAGGUCUGUUUAGAUUGUGCUGUUGUUUUGUAAAGAACUGAAUGCUCAAGCACUAAACCUAGGGUUUAGUUCUAUUUGAAUAGCAGGAGAAUUAGAGAUUACCCAGUAUUCCAGACAGUAGAUUAGAGAAUCUUAUGGUAAAUUGUUAUGACACCGAUCCUUGAUCAAUCUUUUGAUGAAUUAUGUUUCAAAAUAUAGAAUCGGCAUGCGCUUGAAUAUAUUCCUUCCA